CCCCUCUAUAUUUAACAAAUCAUGGGGCCUGCGGCGCAGCGUGCUCGUGCAAAAGAACGCCCACCAGAGGACGUACAGCACAGUGCUGCUGGGACUCCAGUCUCCCUCACCCUCACCUCCUGUAGACCACGAUCACAGCUGAAACCUGACAGGUUACAUUACACGCACUCAGUGGAAAUGGAAGACUUUGAAUACAGCGUGGAGAUCUGUGACCGCGACUGGGAAUGCUUCUUUGCAGAGUGCGAGGAGUGCAACCUGCUUCCUCCGUCAUUAGCAGGGUUGGACUCUGGGAUGAGCGACUUUGAUGAAACAGGCUCCAAACUUAAGAGGUUUCGCAAAGUCGACCUAACGUCCGGCGUUUCAGAGGCCGACCGACCCAUCGACGGCCCCCCAGACUGCGAGGGCUCUCCCGUGGAGCAUUACCUCAGCAAACGUGGCGCUGGUGCAAUGGAGAGCGUCCUUUCAGGCAGUGAGGAGGACACACACCUGCAGUCUGUCAAUAUAUUCUUUGAAAGACUGAAAAAUCUUUCAGAGACUGAGAGGCUGGCUGAGCCAUGCCAAGAGAGAGCGGGAGGAAACAGAGAGGCAGCCGCGGAGGAGGAACAGUGUAGUGAUGGGCAACGAUCCAGGGGCAGCACUUUGCCAAAAAACAUCCCCAAGUUAAACUCCCCGCCUGCCAGGGGUGAAACAGCAGUUGGCGCAGAGACGCCGAGGCCUGUCGACGCCAUCAGCAACAUAAACACAAAGAAAAAAGUCGAGUCUGGCUCCAACAUUUCCUCUGACUCUGCAGCCAGUAACUCAGUGCUCAAAACCAACACGUCAGCCAGCCCUGAAACAGAGUUAUUUAUUAGAGAGGAGGCCGGCACACAAAGCACAGUAAAUGAGGCAGCACAGUGGAAUCAGUUUUGUGACUUACCGGAAUCAGAAACACCUCACACAGACAAAGUGAUCGAGGUGCAAAUGUGCACACCUCUGAAGGAUGCUAAGCAGGAGCAUUUCUUUAUAAGUCAAUUCACUGAAAGUGAUAAGUGCAACAAGUAUUCACCCAGCAAUGCAGAAAUGGUGACACGCAUUAAGCGCAAGGAAGAACACAACCCUGUUUUACAGGUAGACGCAACAAGCCUAAACAAAUCGGCAAGCCCAGAAUCCUCUCCAUCGGCCUCCAUCAAGAGAAAGAGAAGGAAGAAGAGACGACUCAGCUUUGAGCCGGCCGACAGCGCCCGUGGAUACGAGAGGCGGUUUUUAGUGAAGCCGAGCGACUCCGAGGAGGAGCAGUACUCGGGGAGAGGAGGGACUGGUCUGUGCUUACCUGAGGAUGUGAAUUUAUUUUAUUCAAAUGCACCACAAAACAAUGCUGUGUCCUCUUUAUACUCAGUCUCAAGCCGUCUUCCAGUGAGGACAUCUGCUAAGGAGAUAAAAACAAAUGAAUGCUCUCAUAUUGUUCCGCCCGGUGACAGUCGAUGCCAAUACACACUCAGACGGGAAAGGUGUAAAGCAGCAAGCUUGGCUGAAAAUAAUGCAACAAAUAAUAAGUCAGUUACACCAUGUGUCGACAAUGUAAUAUCAGUGACAAGCAGCCGUGGUAAUGUGGAAACAGAUUCACAGCCAUGCAUGAAAUUACAAGUUGAAGAAUCAACAGGGUUGAAUAAACAUCCUUGGUUGGCGGUUUCCGUUCCCGGCAGUGUGACUGUUAAAUCAGACAGAAAACCAGCAAACAGUGCAGACAGUCUCCACCAGGCUAAUAAAGUGAGUCAUUCGAUCAGUGGUUGUGAAAACGAGCACAAUCUUAAGCGUUGUACAGCCGAGGUCAAUCCGAGCACAGAGUCAGAUGAUCGCGCCGUGGGAGUCGGCCAAAACGACAAACUAUCCGAUGCUAAGUCAGUCCUGGCUGCAGAGGCUGGAAAUUCAGUCAGAGACGACAGCACACCGUGUCACGGACAGGCUGAGCCCCAACAACAGCUGGAAAUCGAGCGUCAUGACACAGACCGGUUUAGCUCCGCUCUGGACAACACAAAACCACAGCAAUUCAACACCACAGCCCGUCCAUUCAUACUGGAGAUUUCUAGUGAGGUGACCUUACCCGAUACCUUACCUCGUGCCUCCACUUUAGACAUAAAUAAUACAGUACAGCAAACAGAGCGCCCUCUGGAGAUUCAGGCUUUGUCCAAAUUAGCUCACUUAGCAGCAUCACAAUUAAUGUCUCCUGGGAAUCCCGGCCCAUCUGUGGAAAUCAUCAGUCAGAGAAAAAUCAAAUUGUCCACCUCUAAAGACUUAAUAACAAGUCCUUCAGAUAUCACAUCAUUAUCAUCCCUGCUCACAGAAUCUGGAACGUCACUCUCAAAUGGAAACAUCACAGACCUGUCUGGUAGUUUCUCUUCAUCUGUCAGACAAAAUGAGUCUGGAGGUCAAACAGAAAAAACCCCACUGAUGUUGUUUAAACACGAGGACGGAGAAGCUGAAUCUGGACCUAAAAGAUGGUCCGAAUCAAGUUACUCAACAGAAUCUAAGUGGGAUUCACUGGACGGAGCAGAAGAAGCUGAAUGUGAGCCUGAAAACGCACCAGAUUCAAAACACACAGUGUUUGCCAUGUCUUCUUUUUGGGGGGAGAUGGAGAAGCUGACGAUAAAUGACAUUCUGGGUUUACGAUCCCUGCCACCUCUUCCAGAAAGUCAGGAAACAGACGUGUCUGCUUUAACCGAUUCAGGUUUUUUUACACAAUCAGAUGAGUCCAAGCUCCAACAAACCAGCGAGCACAUGCCCAGUGUUCCUGAUCUUGAAAAAUCGAGUUCAGGUGCUGUUGCGGCAGCUGAUUCUUCCAUUUCCAGAAGUGUCCUGUGGGAGAGUGAACCUGUGCCGAUGAGGCUAGGUUCAGAUACUUACACAGAGAAUGUAAUGAUGACGUCUGUGAGGGACAUUUCUCAAUCAGUCUUCUCUGGAAAUGCACAACAGAGCCACAGAAAGAUCUCCAAAACCUUAAGUGUGCACAAUCUAGCCGCUCUGGAUUCUGAGUCCUUCAGCUCCAGGUUGAAAGGCCAAACGUUACAAACCUUAGACGAAGAAGGAUCAGAAAAGUUUGACUGUCUCUUUGAGGAUAAUGUGCCAAAGCAAGCGGACAUGGAUUCUCUACCUUCCUCUUUUACAGACGGCUACAGAAUCUCUGUUUCCGAUAUUUUUCAGUACCUCUUUGGUGGAAAGCAGUCGAUUCCCAGCCAAUCAGCCACAGAUAACAUAACCAAUGUCUACGCAGAUGGAAAUUCUGUUCCUGAAAAUUAUGAUCACUUUUUCUCAGAGUACGAUACAGAAACCUUCUUCUGUCCUCUCCUCUCAGUGGAGGAUCAGGCCAAAGGUGAGCAGGUUCCGAUCUUUUCCUCGUCACGCUCAGCUUGUAGAAAUCUACAGUUCCCUGAGGCGUAUGAAGGCUUCUUUGCAUCCUCCUCUUCUGAUGAUUCUUCAGUUGAAUCUGAUGAAGAGGACAACUGUAGACCUGUCAGGGUGGUGACCAGGUUUAGCCAUAACGUGAACUCAUCUCAGAUUUCGACGGACAUUUAUGACAAUUUCUUCACAGACAGCGACCUGAGAGAGAACUUCUUCUGGAAAGCAACGCUCUCUUUCAGGAAUAUGAAUUUGUCUGGAAUCAAGGUGCAGAAGCAGACUCUCUCAAGCUCCCAAACGUCUCAUGUACCUGUGAGGCAAAGUGGCAGAUCCCUUCAAAGGACACUUUAUCCCAGUAAUGCUCUGGGAAAUCAAGACGUGAUGUUUCCGGAUCCACUUCUCUACCACCUGGAGGACAUGAUCUCCAGACAGCAAGCGCUGCAGCCUUUCAGAAAUCAGGAUUUACAGACGUCUGUUUCAAAUCCAAGGCUGGAUUCCUUGCUCCUGCCACUCCGACAGUCAGAUAUGUGCCUGGUUUGUAUUGCCUUUGCUUCAUGGGUACUGAAGACUGCAAACCCACAAGUUGGAGAUGCCUGGAAAGCUGUUCUGUUGGCAAACGUAAGUGCCCUGUCAGCAAUCCGAUACCUGCGUAAGUACGUCAAGAUGGAGGCGGCAGCUAGCGAGAAGGAAUUACAUCACAACUGAGGCCUGAUCUCUCUGCCCUCGAUACACGUCACCAUUGAAAUUAUCAAUUUUCCCGUGAAUCCUGGAUCUGAGUCACUGCAGGACCUAGUUCCUUGGAGGAAUAUGACACGUGUUUAGUGUGCUGUUCCAUGAUUGCUCUGUAACUGCUUUAUUAACUCAAGUUUCACCGACGCCUUCAUAGAAUGGAAAGAGUUUCGUUUAAUAACAGCUGUUUUGCUUCGGCAGGGUGAGAUGAGACGUGUAUUUAUCAGACAGGAGACUUUACAGGUUUGAGACGAUUGUAAAUGAGGUUUCAGUGAGUGAGAUUAGCAGCAAAGCUCGGCUGAGUUGAGGAUGUUUGAUGAACUUGUGAUAAAUGGAUUAACUUGAAUCCCUGAAAAACAAUUUAAAUGGUGCUGUUGGAGCAUGUUUUGUUUCCACUACUUUUAUGUAGCAGCUGAUUUUAUCCAAAGUGACUCUGUUGACUAUUUCAUGAUAUGAAUGAGAUCAUAUCUGUUGCAACAUUUUCCACUAUGACAAAACCCCCAUAGUUGUUAUUGUCAUUUAUUUGGGAGCUGUAUUCUUUGCCAGUGUUCUUAUUAUGUAUUUUAUGAAUUUGAUUUUCAUGAUAGAUGAUUUAUAGAAGACUGUACAGUAUUUUAUCUAAGUUGCUCUGUGAGCUGUUCAUAUUUCGUGGAUCGACGUCAGUUUAACAACAUUAAAUUGAAUUGUGUGCA